AUGGUUAGGGGGGGAGUUUGUCUGGGGCGGAAUGCCUGUUAAACCAUAACGCAGGCGUCCUAAGUGUAGCUCAGUGAGAACGGAAAUCUCACGUAGAACAAAAGGGUAAAAGCUACAUUGAUUUUGAUUUUCAGUAGGAAUACAAACCGCGAAAGCGUGGCCUAUCGAUCCUUUAACUUUACAAGUUUUAAGCUAGAGGUGUCAGAAAAGUUACCACAGGGAUAACUGGCUUGUGGCAGCCAAGAGUUCAUAUCGACGUUGCUUUUUGAUCCUUCGAUGUCGGCUCUUCCUAUCAUUGUGAAGCAGAAUUCACAACGUGUCGGAUUGUUCACCCGCUAAUAGGGAACGUGA